CUGACUGCAAGUCCGGAAGGCCAAGGAUUUGCAUGAUAAAUAAAAUCUAACUUACCUAUUUAUUAUAGGGUAUAUCCCGGCCCGGGAUAUAACGGCGUGAACAACGCGACCAACAAGAAGAUCCUCCUGUCCCUCGGGGGCGCCACACCGGAGUACCAACUCACAGGCGCAACUGACGGCACCAACAUCGCCUCGCCGCAAUGCGUCGUCCCCGAUACGAACCUCAUGGGCGUCCUGCAGCACAGCGUCGUCGACAUGCUGUUCAUUCAAUACCAGAACAUAAAGAGCCGGUUGAAUACGUCGAGUACGGAUACGAGGUUAUCUUGCGUGGCCCCGGUUCCGACUAGUUCCACCCACGACCUCCCACACGGAACUCCGACGCCGAGUACGAACUUCGACCGCCGCCCCGACGAAGUCACUGCCGGUUUCGACGAACAAUCGCUGCGGAACAGCGUUUGGCACAAUGUGUGUUCGUCUGGGCGGUGUGGUAGUCAGCAUGACUAUUGCGGCACUGGAAGUGCUUACUGUGUGUGGUACUGGUUGUCAGAAGGGCUUUGGUACGUGUAGCUAAUGGGUUGUUAUUUGACGUAUAAAGAAAGAUAAGGUGACAGACAGGUAAUUAUUUGGUUCAUAAUAGCGACGUAUAUUAACC